ACAAAAAAAAUGGUUGGCUUCUCGGUGUCCCGAAAGCUAUCCCAAGCUCAACAAGUUCCCGACCAGGACCUCAAUUUUCACCACAAAACCCGAUUUAUCAUCCUCGUAAUUUGCACAUUAUGCCUGUCAAUUGCUCAAUCCGAUACUCUCACUCUAAACUUCACGAUCAUCUGUAUGUCUGGAGAUGGUGCUCCAGUGAGCAAUAGAAGUGCUCUUACAAAUCUGGAAAAUAUGGAAAUGACGCUGGUAAAUGCAUCGGGAAGUUUGACGGACAACGUGGAGAAUAUGGAGCACAAGAUUGCGGAUGGAAGGUAUAAUUAUUCGCCGUCGGAGAAAAGUUUGCUCUUCUCGCUGGUUGCCGUUGGAGCAAUGGUUGCAGUGUAUCCAGUUAUGCUUUUGAUUCAGAAAUUCGGCUCUCGCUCAAUCGUCUUCUGGGUGGGAAUGCUGUCUACAGUGUCCACCGCACUUAUCCCUUGGAUGGCAUACAUCGGAUUCUGGCCUCUACUGGUUAUGAGAUUUUUCCAGGGAGCUGGGCUAUCUACCAGCUUCACCCUAAUUGGAAUUGUCACUCGUCAAUGGUCUAUGCAAGUUCAAAGCGCCUUCUACAUCGCGGUUCUCACAACUUUCUUCCAGAUUGGUCCAAUCUUUACCAUGCCUGUCGCAGGAGCUUUGUGCACAUCGUCACUGGGAUGGCCUGCUGUGUAUUAUAUUCACGCUGUGGUCACCUUCGGGCUCUUUGUGCUUUUCUAUUUUUUCUACAGAGAGAACCCAGUCCGCCACGCUCUCGUAAGCACCAAGGAACUUGAAAAGAUUCAACGUGGAAAAGGAGAUGGAAAACGCGAAGCCGUGCCAAUCAAGGCAAUCCUCACGGAUCCAGUCAUCUGGUCGAUUUGGAUCUCUGCAAUCGGAAAUUUCAUGGGAAUCCAGUUGACAAUGCAGUUCUCCCCGACUUAUUUGAAUAAGGUCAUGGGAUUUGCAGUUGAACAGACGGGAACUUUCAGUGCCAUUCCUCAAAUCGUCACAUUUUUCCUGAAAGUGAUUGCUGGUUAUGCGGCGGAUAAGGCAAGAUGUUGUACUCCACAAACCUCUGUCAAAAUCUAUAACAACUUGGCGCUGGGUGGCAUGAGUUUGUCGUUCCUGGGACUUGCAGUCAUCCCAGUCUCGGAGCCCGUUCUCGGACUUUGCAUGCUCAUUUUCUCGUGCUCAAUUAUUGGAUUCAACUGUGGCGCUUUCUUCAGAAGCUCCGCAAUCUAUGCAGCUCAACACAAUCACUUCAUCAUGGGCGUCAACUCGUUCCUCAAUUGCCUCGCCGCCCUCCUCGCACCCGUCAUCGUGAACAUCUUCGUCGCCAACGACACUUGGGACGAGUGGUGGUGGGUAUGGAUGGUCCACUUUGUCACACUUUUCGUCUUCAACAUUGUCUUCCAAAUUUACGGAAAAGGAGUUCCGGCAGAAUGGUCGAAACCUGGAUUUGGACGGUCCAAUGUAAUUGGGGACGUGGUGGUAUCUGUGCCAAAAACCACUGAAGUACCCGUGAGGGACGGAGUUGUGCCGGAGGAUAAGAUUUAAGAUUUAAAACUUUUCAAAAAUCCCUUCUUGUAUUUUCAAAAGAACACUAUGCAAUAUACUCAUAAUAGCUUUAAAUCGUAAGAUUUUUAAACUAAACUGGUAUUUUCUUUUCCCCCACCGUCUACUGCUCUGACUAAAGUUAUUAUAUCCUUAGGUGUAGUGCUAGGUAGUAGAGGUGGAAGUCAUUUAUUUACUCGAUAUUUUUGUACACAAUUGUUAAUAUCAUUGCUUGUACUAUUCAUUUUAUUUUCACACAUAAAUAUAUAUCAUCAUUUUCAACCAAUAAAAUUUAUUCAUUUCACUU